CAGACAAGCUGAGCAGCAUGCAGAGGUAGCAGAGAGUAGAGUUUCACUGCUGGGAAUAUCAUGACCUACAGGUCCAGCCCUCUGGUUUGCUGAGUGUCGGACCGUCUCUGUUCACCCUCCGGGAUUUUACACACAAGUGCCUGCAGAAAUGCAAAGAGUCAGAGCUUUCAGAAGAGUCUGGCAGCUCCUGAAACCAAGCUGCGAGGGAGCUUCAAAACAAGCAAACAGCUCGUCCUGCAUCAGAAGAAACUACAGCCAAGGCCCCGGCUCCUUCGGGCUCCUCUUUGACAUCGAUGGGGUGCUGGUGCGAGGUAAAACGCUGAUCCCUGCAGCCAAGCAGUGCUUCGAGAACUUGGUCGACCGCAAUGGGAACUACAGAGUCCCCGUGGUGUUUGUCACCAAUGCUGGGAACUGCAUGAGGCAGGCCAAAGCUGAACAUCUGUCACAUCUGCUGGAGGUGGAGGUAUCUCCAGAUCAAGUGAUGCUGUCCCACAGUCCAUUGCGGAUGUUUACCCAGUUUCACAAAAUGCGUGUGCUGGUCUCAGGACAGGGUCCAAUUGAAGAAGUUGCUCACAACCUGGGUUUUGAAGAUGUUGUGACCAUCGAUAUGCUCAGAGAUGCAUACCCAGUUCUAGAUGUUGUGGACCACGAGCGAAGGCCUAAAGACGGUAUCCCUCCCAGUAAAGGCUUACGGCCUAUAGACGCCGUUAUCUUGUUUGGAGAGCCAAUCAGAUGGGAGACCAACCUCCAGCUCAUCGUCGAUGUGCUCUUAACCAGUGGAAACCCCGACAACAACUGGAACUCCAUGCAAACUCGUCACAUCCCAGUGCUGGCCUGCAACAUGGACCUGCUCUGGAUGGCCGAGGCAAAGAACCCAAGGUUUGGCCAUGGUAUGUUCCUGGUGUGUUUGGAGAGUCUGUACAAGAAGGUGACCGGCUACGAGCUGAAGUAUGAGGCUCUGAUCGGUAAACCCAGCGUGGUGACGUACAACUACGCCGAGCUGCUGAUUCGACAGCAGGCCGAGAGACUCGGGUGGACGACACCCGUGAAGAGAUUGUAUGCUAUAGGCGACAACCCCAUGGCCGACGUCUAUGGUGCCAACCUCUACAACCACUACCUCCAGGCUUCCCAUCGUGAGCAGCCUGACAGCAGCACGGGAGUAGAACGUCCAGCUGACAGCGCUGGAGACGCGUCCAAAAUAACGAGGGCAAAGGGGAACCUCCCCGAGCGGUGCAGCUCCAUCUUGGUGUGCACGGGGGUGUACAGCAGAGACCAGCAGGAAACGGUCACAGAGCAACGCAUUUUCCACGGCCACAGGGACUUCCGGUUCGACCCCAGCCUCUUGCAGCCGUCCUUCGUGGUGCAGGACGUGAAGGAGGCUGUGGAUCUGGUGUUCCAGGAAGAAGGCUGGCCCCUGCAAUAGACUCUCAGUCUCUUCUGUUUAACUCCGGCUUUGUGUUUCGGUAGUUUGAUGUUCCUGGUACUCUGCUGAAGGGAAGCGUUGCUGUUACUGCAUUACAGUGCCAUAGAAGCGUCUGCAAUAAGCAGUUUUAACACAGAAUAUAUUUCAAUUUUAAGUGGGCUCUGCUUAGCAGUGGCUUAGAUUGUUGCAGCUUUUUAAAAAAUACUCAUCACUGUGUCGAUACUUAAAGUGUAUACUGUUGAUUCAUCCAGCGCAAUGUCCGUCCGUCCUGCCUUCAAAAAAAACAAAAAAAAACUUCUUUAGCUGCACAUUUCACUACAUUCAGAUGUUAAGAAUCUGUCGGGUCACAGAUAAGAGUUCAGUAGACAGUAAACACAAUGUCACUAGGUAUUGAUCCAGAAAUAGCUUUACACAGCUGUUUCACAGUGAGAAUACCACUUGCAGUCCAGAGGAAGGAGGACUUUAUUUUGCACAGUAGUCCACUUGUCCAGAGUCACGUUGCCUUUCUAAAAUAAACAACCUCAUCUG